AAAGUCAGUAAAGAACACCAUGUUUUACACAGUGAGCACGAGACGUCUUCCAAGAUGAGAGCACUUACAAGGUCUGCAGGCAUCACAAGGCUCCUCAGAGAGGACCAAUCAAAGACCCAAGGAAGUACCCAAGAGAGGGGUUUCAGUGGGGCUGGAGAGUGGGAGCUGGAAAGCUUGGCAGGGCUGGUGUGGGCCAGGACUCUAGACUGAGGAAUUCAAGAAGCUGGCAUAUGACCAAAUCUACUCCCUCAGGGCAGGGCACCAACCAGCUUCAGCUGUUUCCCUCCUCUGAGCCUCCCCCAGGCAGGGCGACCCCAGCCUGUGCUCCCGUGGCGAGGCACGUCUCUUCUCCCAUGCUACCUUGCAUCCUCUGCCUGACUAUUCGUUGAGAGAUCAAUUCACAGACAUCUGUGUGUCCACGGGACCAUCCGUCAGACCUGCUGCUAACCCGUGUCUGCUGUAGGAGUGAGGAGACUGCUCUCCAUUUCUGUGGACUUGAGCAGCCCUUCUUAUCCCUAGCCCCUUCCUUUUACUCCUGGGACCCAUGUAUGCUCCCCCCCAAAUAGUAUUUAACUGAGAAAGAGUAGACUCAGUACAAAUGAGGGCUCCAGUGUUUGCUGAGACAAGUCCUUUCCACUUGGAAGCCUUGCUCUCUCAUCUGUAAAAUAGGGGGCCACUGUGAAUGCUUAUGAACACAGGCUUGUGCCUCAUUUCUGUAGACCAGGGAUUCUCAGCCUUCCUAGUGCUACUGCCCUUUAAUACAUACGGUUCCUCAUCUUGUGGUGAACCCCAACCAUAAAAUUAUUUUCCUUGCUACUUCAUAACUAUAAUUUUGUUGCUGUUAUGAAUUGUAAUGUAAAUAUCUGGUAUUUAGGAUAUCUGAUAUGUGACCCCCGUGAAAGAGUCAUUCAACCCCAAAGGGGUCACAACCCACAGGUUGAGAACUACUGUUGUAGACAGAGAGACUGGCUAUACAUUAUUUGAUGGCAAUAAAGGUUCUCUCAACUCUGACUAGUCAGAGAGUAUGGGCGCCUUCCUGCCCUGUCUGUUGGUAGAUGGCAAAGUGCAGAGGGAUGAACACUCAAGGCAGAGCUGAGUCUCCGCCUGGAACUUCAGAGUGACCUCUUCUGAGGCUCUCCCCUUUCCGUCGUGUUUGCCUUCCUUGGGAUGUAUAAGCAGGGGUGAUAACCCUUGCCAGACUGAGCUCACAGGGCCAGUAGGAAUCCCAGGUGUCCAAGUGGUUUGUGAACAGGAUAGACAGUAGAUGGUUAAUCAUUAAGACUAAAAUAUCCUUGAGGCGGUGAGAUGGGGCAAUGUCUGGUUGUUGGGAGACUAGGCAUUUGCUGAUCUGCCCUGAGAGGCAGAGACCCAGGGAUGCUGUUCUUCUAGGAGAUGGUAAGUGGGUGGUACCUGGUUCAGGAACUGAUGUAUCCUGUCCUGUUGGGGUUGGUCUUGAGGUAGGAGAGAUGGCUGUGUAGCUUCAUGGAGUGGGAUGGUACAGCCAGCCCAUCUCCCCUUCCCUCAAAGCAUUCUGAGGCUUUCAUUUUUUCCUGUCUUAGGUGUUAGUCCUGAGGGUUGUGGUCACACAGCUCCUGAUUAUUUUGGUGACUAAGGCUGCCUAUGGAAAUAGCCAGCCCUUCAGUGAUGCCUCCAGUCCCUGACCCAAGUCCAGCCCCUCACAGCUUUGGACAGCUUUGUGGCAGGGUUUCUUGAAACAAAACAAAACAAAGUUUGUCUCAAUGCUUUAAAUGUUUUGCUUUGUUUGUUUUUGAGACAGGGUUUAAUGUGUAGCUCUGUCUAUCUGUCCUGGAACUCACUCUAUAGACCAGGCUGGUCUUGAACUCAGAUCUGCCUGCCUCUGCCUCCCAGGAGCUGGGAUUAAAGGUGUGCACUGCCACAUCUGGCAUUGUCUCAGUUCUUGCUCAGGCCAUAAGAUCUGGAACUGUCCAGAGGGGCUAUCUGGAGGCCUGAGCCUCAAAAUGAGGGAAGAAUUGAAGAGAGAGUGGACAUGAGAACGAGAAUUAACUCAUAUCACUCAGGGGUAGGGUCACCGUGUGUGACUGAUAUGAUGUGUUUACCCAUAGUAGUGGAGAUUGCCUGGCUCAGAGAGGAUACAAGCAGUUCAUGUGUAAAGGGAACAUUUGUUUGGACAUAGUAUAAAAACAGCCAAGACUGGUUGUGAAGAUGGAUAGGCCAGUUGGUUCCCUGCUGCUGUGAGAGAUGUCAUGACGGGUGGUCAAAGGCCUGGACAUGGCCUGCCCCAACAUGCAGAGGCUGUCUGGUAAAGCUGUCCCGGUGAACUCCUCAGUCCUAGCCCCCAGAUCUCCUCCUGCUGGAGCCUUGGCUCCCAGCAGGAACGGCAGCAAGUUGGGGACCAAGCAGCUGGGAUUCGGUUCUACUCACUUAGUGUACGACUUUGAACAGAUUUCUCCAAGUUGCUGAACUUGAGCUUCCUCACUCAUUAAAUGGGGGAAGACAGAGUGCAUGCUCUCUGCUGGCCCAGACCAGAGGUCAUCACAUCAUGAAACAUGAGCAGAUCGGUUCUCAGAUGACUGAAUUUUCCUGGAAAGACAUUAUUAAUGCCUUGGCCCUGGCCAACAUGAUCCUGGGGCUCUUCUCCAUCUUCUGCAGCUUCAGCAGGAAAUCCUACUGUGCUUCCUGGAUGCUUCUGAUCAGCUUCCUGUUAGACAUUGCAAUAGGAACGAUGACCAAACACCUCAACAUCCCACACAAACUGGGACUCGAACUGAAUGAUUUUGCCAUCUUCACCACCUUUGGCCUGGCCUCGGCUCUGCUGCUGGGCGUGGAUGGGCCUCUGAAUGGGUUCCUGGCCAUCAUCUAUGUGCUAACCACUUCUUUCCGCAUGUGUUUUUAUUCAACUGGAGGAGCUACCUCUGGAUACAAGGGCCUACCCUGCCCCUAUGCUUCCUGUGUUUUGGCCUCCACCUGCCUUCUGACUAAGGGCAAUACAUUCAUUCUCUGCUGCAUGGCUUCACUCAUGAUUCUCUUCAUGAUCGACCAGAGUUGCUACCCACACGAUGAAAUCCUAGAUUCAGACAACUGGAAAAAAAUCGUUUAUAUAGGAGGUGUUAUCCUGCUGUUUUUCUCUCCGUUCCCGCUCACCGCCUUUUACUGCCUGACCUGGUCGCUCUCCUACAUCUUCUCCCCUGAAACCCUGUGGGGCAGAGGAGUUCGUAUUAAGCCCUAGUGAGAGGAAACCAUCAUGUCACCACUCCUGCUGGCUCUGUGGGCUUUACGCUUAGCAUGCUGGACCAAGACCUGCCUGUCCUCAUGAAAGCUUCCAGAUGCCUGUGCUGUCCUGUGCUUGGUGCACUCUCGUCUUGAAUUACAUCAACCCACAGUGGG